UUACGUCGCUGUUUGUCAUUCGGUGCAGAUCGAGGGUGUAGAGGAGCGGAGCGGAGCCAUGGGCGACAGUGACGAUGAAUACGAUCGGCGGCGCAGGGACAAGUUCCGGCGCGAGAGGAGCGACUAUGACCGUUCGCGGGAACGGGACGACAGGCGGAGAGACGACUGGAACGACAGAGAGUGGGACAGGGGGAGAGAGCGCCGGAGCCGGGAGUACCGGGACUACGAUCGUGGGAGGAGGGAGCGUUUCUCUCCACCGCGACACGACCUCAGCCCACCGCAGAAGCGAGUGCGACGGGACUGGGAGGACCACGUUGCUGACCCCUAUCACACCGGCUAUGAGAUGCCGUACGCCGGUGGGGGUGGGCCCAGCUACGGACCCCCGCAACCCUGGGGUCACCCGGACAUCCACAUGAUGCAGCAGCACCACGGCAUUCCCAUCCAGGCCAGUCUCCUCCUCACCCCCAGGCUGGGCAACCUACACGAGCUGGAGGUGGGACCCCCGCCCCCUGUCAUGAAGACCUUCAAGGAGUUCCUGCUGUCCCUGGACGACUCUGUGGACGAGACGGAAUCGGUGAAGCGUUACAACGACUACAAGAUCGAGUUCCGCCGGCAACAGAUGCAGGAUUUCUUCCUGGCGCACAAGGAUGAAGAAUGGUUCCGUUCUAAGUACCACCCGGACGAGGCCGGCAAACGCAAGCAGGAGGCUGACUUUGGCCUUCGCACACGGCUCAGCGUUUACUGUUACCUGAUGGAGCACGGCUGGUUCGAUGGCCUCUCGCUAGACAUUGAAAAGGCCAACAUCAUCAUGAAGGCCUUGGAUGCAGCCGUCAUCAAGAUGGAGGGCGGAACGCAAAUUGACGUCAAAAUUCUCGACCUUGAGGAGGAAGAGGAGAAGGUGGACAAGACGGAGCCGGCAAAGAAGGAAGAGGGGAAGGUGGUGGAGAACGACAAGAAGGUGGUGGAGAAAGAGAAGGAAGAAGAUGUCAAGAAGGCAGAAGGUGUGGAGCAGUCAGUGGAGGUGAAGCCGCCGCAGGAUAAGGAUGAGAGUAAAGCCAAGGAGACGCCACCGGUUGAGGACAAGGACAAGGACAAGGGCGAGGGUGAGGGUGAGGGUGAGGGUGAGGACGGGGAGGAGAAGGAUGAACCUGAACCCUGCGAACCAGCCAAGGAGAGCCCCGUGCCGCCAAAGGCUGUGAAGAAACGGAAGAGGAAACACAGCGGGGAGGACAGCUAUGAUGAGGAUGAAGCCACCGCCUCCGAUUCGGAGUCCGAGCCCGAAGUUGUGCCGCCCGGCGUAGAAAUCAAACAGGACGAGGAACCAGGGAAGCAAAAUGAAGAUGAUGAUAAGACACCAAAAGAAGAAGAGACGAAACAAGAGAAGAAGGAGGAAGAAAAACAGAAAGAAAAACCCAAGGAGGAGAAGAAGGAAAAGGAGAAGGAGAAGGAGACGGACACGACUCCCAAACCACGGCCGCUUCACAAAACCUGCUCGCUCUUCAUGAGGAGCAUCGCUCCAAAUAUCUCCAAGGCUGAGAUCAUAUCGCUUUGUAAACGUUUCCCGGGCUUCAUGAGAGUGGCGUUGUCCGACCCACAGCCAGAGCGCAGGUUUUUCCGCAGAGCCUGGGUCACGUUUGAUCGUGGUGUCAACAUCAAGGAGAUCUGUUGGAACCUCCAGAAUAUCCGACUGAGGGACUGCGAGCUGAGCCCAGUGGUGAACCGCGACCUGGCCCGGCGAGUCCGCAGCAUCAACGGCAUCGCGCAGCACAAGCAGAUCCUCCGUAACGACAUCAAGCUGGCCGCCAAACUCAUCCACUCGCUGGACGACCGCUCGCAGCUCUGGUCGUCCGAGUCCGUUAACGAUGAUGGCAGAGUUGAGAGCCUGUCUUCCCAGAACCCCAUCCUGAAGAACAUCACCGACUACCUGAUAGAGGAGGUGAGCGCUGAGGAGGAGGAGCUCCUGGGAAAUCCCACGGACACGGCCGACGAUGGGCCAAAGGAGGGAAACCCCGAGGUCAAUGUCGAGCGGGACGAGAAGCUGAUUAAGGUUCUGGACAAGCUGCUGCUGUAUCUGCGCAUCGUGCAUUCCAUCGAUUACUACAACACCUGCGAAUACCCAAACGAGGACGAGAUGCCCAACCGUUGCGGCAUCGUACACGUCCGCGGCCCGCUACCCCCCAACCGCGUCUCGCAGCACGAAGUGAUGGAGUGGGAGAAGAUGUUUGAGGAGAAGCUCACGCCUCUCUUCAGCGUGAGGGAAAGUCUUUCUGAGGAAGAUGCGGCAAAGAUGGGCAAGAAGGACCCGGAACAGGAGGUGGAGAAGUUCAUCGUCGCUAAUACACAGGAGCUGGCCAAGGACAAGUGGCUGUGUCCUCUGAGUGGCAAGAAGUUCAAGGGCCCGGAGUUUGUGCGGAAACACAUUUUCAACAAACACAGCGAGAAGAUCGAGGAGGUCAAAAAGGAAGUCUCCUUCUUCAAUCACUUCCUAAUGGAUGCAAAGCGGCCCUCUCUGCCGGAGAUCAAACCCAACCAGCCGCCAACACCGGGAGCCCCCGCACUCGGUUUGACUCCAGCCAUGGGCUAUCCUCAUCCCACUCCGCAAGGCUUGCUGGGGUUCGGCCAACCUCGCCCCCCUGUCAUGGGAUAUGCAGCGGGCCCUGCCUAUCCCCCACCUCAGUACGCUGGCCGAGGUGCCUACGAUGCAUAUCGUGGCCAAGGAGGAUAUCCAGCAAAGCCACGAAACAGGAUGUUGCGUGGGGACCCCAGGAAUAUUGUGGAGUACAGAGACCUGGACGCUCCAGAAGACGUGGACUUCUUCUGAACUGCCCGUGCGCAGUGACCGACCGAUGCAGUGACCCUCGCCCUUCCCCUCAGGAGCAGACGAGGCCCCUUGUAGGGGUGGCAGACACAAUGUCUUAUCAUGUCCAAUGCUGUCUUCCCCACAGACAUGAUGGCAGGCACUCGUGUGCACGCAAUUUUAUACACACACACGCGCACACACACACGCAUUCACACGCACAGACUCACACGCACAGUGCACAC